GAGCUUCAAUCAGCAGCAACAGAAAAAUUGCAGCAACAACAGGAAAAAACUAGAGAGAUUAUCAAUAUAAUGGCUCCCACACAGGAAGGACAGCAAAACCAAGCUGGUAGGCACCAGGAAGUUGGCCACAAGAGUCUCUUACAGAGUGACAAGCUUUACCAAUAUAUACUGGAAACUAGUGUUUAUCCGAGAGAGCCUGAAUCCAUGAAACAGCUCCGGGAACUAACAGCAAAACAUCCAUGGAAUCUCAUGACUACAUCUGCUGAUGAAGGGCAAUUUUUAAACAUGUUGCUGAAGCUUAUAAAUGCCAAGAACACCAUGGAAAUUGGUGUUUAUACUGGCUAUUCUCUCCUUGCUACUGCCCUUGCUCUGCCAGAUGAUGGCAAGAUAUUGGCCAUGGACAUCAACCGCGAAAAUUAUAAACUGGGUCUACCAGUCAUCCAAGAAGCUGGGGUUGCUCACAAGAUUGACUUCAAAGAAGGGCCUGCUCUUCCUGUUCUUGAUCAAAUGAUUGAAGCUGGAAAAUAUCAUGGAACAUUUGACUUCAUCUUUGUUGAUGCUGACAAGGACAACUAUCUUAAUUACCACAAGAGGCUUAUUGAGCUAGUGAAGGUUGGGGGAGUCAUUGGCUACGACAACACCCUAUGGAACGGGUCUGUGGUGGCACCUCCUGAUGCACCAUUAAGGAAAUAUGUGUUGUAUUAUAGGGAUUUUGUCUUGGAGCUCAACAGAGCCCUGGCUGCUGAUCCAAGGAUUGAGAUCUGCCAACUUCCUGUUGGUGAUGGGAUUACUCUUUGUCGCCGCAUUAGCUGAUCAAUCUAAGCUGGCCUGGGCAGUUGCUAGCAACACAAGGGUGCCACAAAACCAAGUUUAUCUGCCUUCACUCCUUCGUUAAUACUAAUAGCAAGCUGUUCAUUGCUGCUAUUUUGAUGUUUUUAUGGAUUCUGUGUAACUAUUCUCAAAGACCACAAUGUUCUAUGUUAUAACAUAAGAAGACUAUUUGCAAAGCAUUUUUGUUAUAAAAUUACUAUUUGCAAAGCACUUAAUUUGCAUAGGAUGGUUUUCUCAUCCGUGCAUGAUCAGAGGAAUCAUUUUCGAAGAGACUGGGAUCUCUACCGACAUUCAAUGACUGAAUAUUCGUUGAUUUUAUUUUUGUUAAGAUUCCCAUGUUAUUGCAUAAACUAUAGAAAAUCUACCCGGUUGUUAUCAGGGAGCCAUCAAGCUAUUGCUUGGCAAAUUAAGCAUCAUGUCAGGAAAAUUUGAACCAUUGUCACUUUCAAUAUAAAACCUAACUCUGAUAGGUACAGUUUCCUACAACAUAUGCCAUCAUUAUAGUUAAGCAAUAGACCAUAAAAAUUUUUGUUGUUAGGCAAAC